AAACCCAAGCCCUAUACCCUAGCGGGAGAGACUGACGCAACGCACCGUGUAAUCUGUUCUGUAAUAGUGAGCCUUUCGCUCCAAAGUCGUCCUUUUUGUUCAGCUUCCUAGUUCAAGCUUUCUCACCGGGGAUUCACUCCAGUGUGCUCUUCUACUUCUGUACAAAUCACAGGAUAGGUUUCUAUGGAUUUUGAUGAGUAUGAAUAUCUAGAGAACACUGUAGAAAAUCCUGAACCCCGUAAGGCUAAGGAGACUGUUAAUGGCGGUGAUGAAGUUGUGAAAUCUUCCGAGAAAGAUCGCAGUCGAAGUUCGAAGCAUAGAAGUGACGAUAAGGAUGAUGAUAGGGAGCGUCGUUCAAGGCGUUCAAAAUCUGGUGAAGAUUCCCGUGACCAUGGUCGACAUAAAGAAAAGGGCUCGUCUCGUCACCGUUCCCGGUCCAAAGAUGGAGAUAGGGAACGACACAAGAGUAGCGGAGAUCGCAGAGAGAGGGAGGAUAGAGACAAGGAGAAGAGUAAGGAUAAGGAUAGGGAGGAGAGGAAUGGAAGAGAGAGAGGGGAAAGGAGAGAGCGUGACCGCGAAGGUGGUGACAGGGAAAGAGACAGAGACAAAGAGAGGUCACGCCGGAGCCAGAGCCAGAGCCAGAGCCAUUCAGAAAGGCAUCGGAGUGGUGGCGCUGAAAGGGAGCAGAGUCAUGACAAGGAACUAAGAGAAAGAGAGAAGGAGAGGGAGGUGGUGCGAGAACGAGACAGAGAAAACAGAGAAAGCAGAAGAUAUAAAGAUAAAAAAGAGGAACAGGCAGAACCAGAGGUUGACCCAGAGCGGGAUCAGAGGACUGUAUUUGCUUAUCAGAUAUGUCUAAAGGCAGAUGAAAGAGAUGUCUAUGAGUUUUUCUCAAGAGCUGGCAAGGUUCGAGAUGUACGUCUCAUCAUGGACCGAAAUUCGAGACGAUCUAAGGGUGUUGGGUAUAUUGAGUUCUAUGAUGUGAUGUCAGUGCCUAUGGCCAUUGCCCUAUCUGGUCAGCCUCUUCUAGGUCAACCAGUAAUGGUGAAGCCAUCGGAAGCUGAAAAGAAUUUGGUUCAAUCAACUGCAGCCAUUGCUGCUGGAGCAGGUGGACUUAUAGGGCCUUACUCGGGAGGUGCUAGAAGGCUUUAUGUUGGCAAUUUACAUACAAGUAUAAAAGAAGAAGAUCUUCGUCAGGUUUUUGGAGCAUUUGGUCCAGUGGAGCUUGUGCAGUUGCCUCUUGAUGAAACUGGGCUUUGCAAAGGUUUUGGAUUUGUCCAGUUUGGACGUCUUGAAGAUGCAAGAAAUGCACUGAGUUUGAAUGGACAACUGGAGAUUGGCGGUCGAACUCUUAAGGUGUCAGCUGUUACCGAUCAAGUUGGAAUGCAAGAACUUGGAGGGAACACUGGGGAUUUUGAUGAUGAUGAAGGCAGUGGAUUGGCGCUGAAUGCACAUUCUCGAGCACUUCUCAUGCAGAAAUUGGAUCGGAGUGGCACUUCAACUAGUAUGACUGGUACUCCUGCUGUCAAUACCCCUGGUUUUACUCUACCAGGACCUCCAAUUAUGGGAGCUCCAACAAUGAUGACUUCCCUUGCUGUUCCACUAGCUCCUAUUCCUGCCCUUGGACUUGGUGGUGGAGGUCUUCAAGUUCCUACUGUCACUGUUCCUGCUAUAGAUACAAUUGGUGUUCCAAGUGAAUGUUUGCUACUAAAAAAUAUGUUUGAUCCUACAGCCGAGACGGAGCCAAAUUUCGAUUUGGACAUUAAAGAAGACGUACAGGAAGAAUGUUCGAAGUUCGGAAAUUUGAAACAUAUAUUUGUAGACAAGAACAGUGUAGGCUUUGUAUAUCUGAGAUUUGAACAUACACAAUCAGCAGUAGCUGCACAGCGUGCUCUCCAUGGGAGAUGGUUUGCUGGGAAGAUGAUUACUGCGUCAUACAUGUUACCCCAAAACUACGAAGAUAAAUUCCCCGAAAGCAGAUAAGGUUCUGGAAUUCUGUACUUGUAAGAUGACUCGUAUGCCUGCCUAUUUUUUGGGGCCCUUAGCGUCCUUUUUGGUAAAUGGCGAUUUUUUCCAGCAAAAAGGAUGUUCAUCCCCAUAGCGCGAACUGCAGAUGACUUAUAAAAAAUAUCUCAAGUUACAAGAAGCUUGCUGCACAUGAGGGCAGUUAUUAUUGCCAGUGCAAUUAAAAUUGAUAGAUGUUUGUAGGUGAAAAUGGCUGCUCUCCUUUUGAUUACUUUUGCUGGCCUUCUGACCCAUUUUCUGAAUUUAUUUUGGUAUUAGUUCCAGACACAUCAAUUUUGUUUGAUCUAAGAUAGGACAUGGUCAAUCUCUAUUUUGUUCAGUUGUAUGUUAUAUAGAUAUGAUUUUUGUGGACAAAUGCUAUGUUAAAGGAAUUGGGUGUUUGGUCAGCUGAAAGAAGAUAAUGGUAACGGUGACAAUUUUUUUUUUUC